UCUGAUUACUUGUGACUACGUCACCCUCCUCACCACUCCGCCCACCGCGGUGGUUUCGGUGUCGUUGCGUCGGGAUUAUAUUGUUUUCUUUUCCUCCGGUGAUUAUAACGGUGGAAUUUGUGAGGUAAAACGACGUUGACGACGCUGUGAGUGGGGCUCAGGCCUUUAGGGAGCUGCUUAUCCGGGAGCCUGGGGUAACUAUACGAUGAUUGCAACCUCCAACAGAAAAAAGGAAAGAAAGCACACAAUAAAGAAGCCAAAAAGAAUUGCCAUCAUGUAAUAAAGCUAUAACGUAGCCUUCACAUGUAAGGCUUGAACGAGUAAGAGCACUUUUAUUCAGGGGGCAAACAAUAAUCACUCAUUUGCAAUUGGAUACUUUAAAUACAGAGCCCCCAACAAAACUGAAAGACACCAUCAUACACAGCGAUUUCCGUAAGCGGAUUGUCUUUGUAUAAACUAUAGCUGCCAGAAAGAGGAAAGUGAGGAGUCCAGGCAGUUUCUACCUACUCCAAGUGAAAUGAAACGUUACAGCUAGUUCAGACACCUUGUUAUCACUUGAACAAGAAGAAAAUUAUUUAAACAAGAAUAUGUAGGGCAUAAACCGGGGGGCAAGAUGGACUGCUUGUGACAAAACACUUUGUGUGCAGGAAGUUAUGAUGAGUUCCUGCAGAGCCAGCCUUCACAGGGAACCGCUGAAAUCUACUUCAUUUGCUUACCAACAUGUUAAACGGGCUUGUGGAAUGCAUUUAAAGCCAUAUCAUAAAUUGCAGAAGAAAGAUUCAUCUUUAGAAAUAAGAUCUAAUAGAGGCAUGCAUCUGAACAAUCAAAGCUGCUCUAAGGAAGAGAAAUGUAACAAUACUACAAAGAAUUGUUUGCCCUCUAGUGAUAAUCCAUCUCGUCAGCCACUUGGAACUAUUUCACCAAAUACUAUGUGCAAUACAGUGGGAAUAAACCCUGGAAACAGUUAUGAGGUUAGAGCUAAGAAUGUUCAACCUGCAACAAUUCACCAGGGUGAAGAGGGGGAGAGCUCAUUGGAUAUCUGUGCAAUUAUAAAACCCGGAAAUACAAAGGAGAAGGUUGCCUUUUUUGCCGCACAUCAUUGCAGCAACAUUAGAAACAAUACAAUGAAAUUAAAAAACACUGGGGAUAUGAGUGGAAGAGCUGCUAAGAGACGAAAAAAAUCUGUGGAUCUUAAGAGAGUGAAGAAUCAACUGGAAAAAAAGCAGGAAGUUCAGAAAAAGUGCUUCCUGUCAGAACCUUUUACAAAUGGAGUUGAAAAUUGCUCUGUUAACUUUAUUUCAGAUAGUGAUGGCAUGCUUCCAGGGAGACCGCUUUCUGUCAUAGAGAUGGUAGCCUUUCUAGAACAGAGAGCAAGUGAUUUACUUUCUGAUUGUCCUAAAACUUUCACCAAUCCUACUUCUUCAAAACAUAAUGGAACUUCCAGAUGUGUCUUUCCUUUACCUAUGUCCUUGAUGGGACUUGGCGCUUGUGAAGUACAAUCUGAUAAUGGUGUUUCUGAGAAGGGUGAGCAAAUGAGUGAAUCUGUGUGCGUCUUAGAAAUGGUUGCUAAACUUGAAUCUGAAUGCUUGAGGCGCCAGAAUGAACGGGAUUCCGGGGGACUUUCAAGGAGCAACAGCUUUCGAAGGAAUGUUGGAAGGAUGUUGUUAGCAACUGGCUCACAACCCAAUACUAAUAGCCCUCCAAAAGUUCCUUCUUCAGAUCAGGAUGUAGAGGAAAGUAUAGCAGCUUCUGCCAUGGAAGAGCAUAACCCUCAAAACAAAGAAGACUCUCUCACUGUUAAUUCAUGGGAAAAGCAUGCACAAUAUAUGCCUCAAGCAACAGAGUCCUCUCCACCUGUUGAGGAUUUCUAUGUAGCAAAUGUAGACUUAGAGCUUGUAAGAGAAACUUAUCUAAAGAUUAGAAGUAGGUGUGAUAUUGCGAUAACUGUGGAUCCUUGUAAAUUUUCUUUUUCUCUUUGCAUAAAAGCUGUAGAACAUGCCACAGAUUCUGAGAGUCAGAACACAAAUGAUUGCACAGCUGAGGAACAUGCGGAAUGUUUGGAUAAAAGUUCUGACUCAACUAUUCAAGCAGAUGAUGUGCUCAUGCAAACAUUUCCAGAUUAUGGAGUAAGUCAUACACAUGAUAAACCUUUAUCUCGAAUAGGUGAUCCAUGCCCAGGAACAUUGUUUUUCCAACAUGAUCAAAAUAAUCAGAAUCAUGCACAUAUAGUAAUUAAUUCUGAAGUAAAGUCACAAACAGAGAUCCAAAAAACAAACACCUUUGACAAUACUCUGUGUAUACAGAAUAGCUCACUGAUUGCGCAAUAUGCUGUUUCUGUUUCCUCGCUAGGAAGUGUAUCUCAGGUACUUGACACUUGUUCUGUAAAGAGACAGGUGUCUCAUGACUUUUUAGAGACUCGAUUUAAAAUCCAGCAACUACUAGAGCCUCAGCAAUACAUGGCAUUCUUGCCACAUCAUAUUUUAGUGAAGAUAUUUCGAUUUCUUCCAACUAGAUCCUUAGCAGCUCUAAAAUGUACUUCAUGUUAUUUCAAAUUUAUUAUCGAGUAUUAUGACAUUCGACCGGCUGAUUCACUUUGGGUUCGGGAUCCACGCUACAAAGAUGAUCCUUGUAAGCAGUGCAAAAAAAAGUAUGCAAAAGGAGAUGUGUCUUUGUGCUGGUGGCACCCGAAACCCUACUGCCAAGCUUUACCAUAUGGGCCAGGUUAUUGGAUGUGCUGCCACAUGUCCCAUAAAGAAAGCCCUGGAUGUAAAGUUGGGCUUCAUGACAAUCGUUGGGUGCCUGCUUGUCACAGCUUCAACAGACCCAUUUGCAAGAAAUCUAAAGAAUCUGAAUCGGAAGAGGACUAAAUUGUAUUGGUCUUGUACAGGAGGAAUUUCAUGCCCUGUGUCGUUUACAUUGUACAUAAUCAUGUUUUUUUUUCACAGGGCUACGAAACUGCACAUACUUUAACACAAGAGCCUUUACUUUUCACGUCAACUGGAGAAGUAGCCCUUCUGUGUAAAUACCUUCUAACAUAUGUACAUAUAAAAUCUGAUACAGCAUAAUCUCUACAAUGCAGCUAUAGUAGUGUUGUGGCUAUAGGUAUGUGUGUACGUGUGAGUAACUGUAUUUUUUUAAGUGUCUUGUCCAAUCUGUAUAUCCUGUAUAUUAUGUUUCUAAAAAGGAAACUCUAAACAUAUAGGGCUUGAAGCAUUAAAAAAAGAUUUAUUAUUGGUUUAACUGGAUAACAAUAAAAUGAGACAUGCACAAGUGUCUGAAAUACUGUGACAAGUGAAUAAGUGAGGUGAUUUAUUGUAUAGUGACAGAGUAUAUGGAGGAAAUUGUCUGACUUUACUUCAAUAAAAAUGUGCAUCCUAAAUCUUGCUACCUUCUCUCGUUUUAUAGGUGUAAUUAUUUGAAAUUUGCAUUACGUAAUGCACUUUUUAUUGUAGUAUUUGUAAAAUGCAGUUUUUUCUUCUUGUUUGUUUUAUAUAUACUUUGUCAUUUGUUUGCUUUUAGGGUAAUGUUAGCUUUACACGUGGGUUUGGAUAUCUGACCUUUUAUAUGUAUGAUUUUUCUUUCUUUUCUUUUUUUCUUUUCUCAUUCCACAGAAUUAAACACCCAGGAAUUCUACUUGUCACGUUUGUAGACAACAGUUAAACCUUAAACACAACACUUUACUGUGUGAGAUGAUAUACAUUUUUUUUACAUUUCCAUUGCUUUUUAAUCAUGUGAAUUGUUAAGAUGUACCAUGUACAUAUAAUAAAAUGGUAUUAACGUGAUCUUGUUAACCACCACUAAAUGCAAACCUGGCUGGAUCAUUUCCAGGCUCUAAAUAAUGCCGAUGUACAGGCUGUGAGAUUUAUUUUACAAUUUUUAUAGCUUUUUGUCCUAUUUUAGUCAUCUGAAAUUGAAACCUUAGCAGGAGAUAAAGGUGACUCACAUCUCGCCCAAAAUGAUAUAUUUAACUGGCUGUGUAGUCUGUAAUUUUAUUUGAAACUAUUAAACACUUUAAGGACACUUGUGGCAUGAGGGUUUGCAUCUUCUUGCAUACAUUCAGCUUCAUCCAUAUCAAAAAGUGGAGCUUACAAAACCCUUUAAACUAUUGUAAUUUAUUGCUGAACACAUAUCCAAAAGUGUAUUGACCAUUUUGGUUGUAUUGGUCAUUGUGAAGCUUUUGUGCUGCUUACAUCUGAUCUCAGUACAAUUUAAAGAGCACUUCAGAGUUUAAACAGACAUGUUUUUUGUGUUGAUGAGCUGCCAGAACAUGUAAAUUCUAUCUUCUAUGUUAUUUAUUUUAAAAAAAGAAGAAAAAAAAGCAAUUCCUGGAAUCAACUCAUUUAGUAUUUGUGGAUAUAUUUGGUGUAUAUGUGCCUUGUUAGCUAUAAUCUUAGGUGAGCGUUUAUUAUUUCCAAUCAUGAACAAAAUGACAGCACCUAUUAUUUUUAUGGAAUUUUAUUUUUAUAAUGUAUUAAAACAUAUGCUUUAUUCACUUACUUUGCUCUCCUAGGAACUGUAUUGUGGAGUCCCUAGUGUGUGUUUGUGGUGUGUUUUUGAGGGGGGGCUUCUUGGUCAUUAUUUUUAAAAAUGAUACAUACCUUACCUUGUGCACUACUCACUCUUAUGAAAUCAGACAUAUGACAGGUGCAAUAAUGCAAGCCUCACUGUUUUAUUUAUAUAUAUAUAUACACCUUGCUUUAAAAGUAAAAAAGAAAAAUGUAUAUAUUUAAUUCCUACCUUUCACAAACUGUCACCUACAUUUUAAAGGUGAGCAUUGUAUCAUGAGAUCACAGAAUUUCAAAGUUAUUAAAUAACAAAACGAGCACUUCUAAUUAUUUCAUAUUUGUUUGAUUUAUGUCUGAUUAGAAAUUGGUCCAUGUCACCUGCUUUUUAGGGAGAAAUCCCAUCACAUUUUUCACUGUUCAAUCCUGUUGAUGGUACAGGACACUUCUACACACUAGCUACAAGCAGACCUGAAAAUAUACAUCUUACUAAAUACGUCAUGCACCUCCCUCUAACUAUUGGUGCUGCCAUUUUGAAACCUGAGCUUUACUGCAGGUAUCUGAUGUAGAAUUGUUGUACAUACACAAACACCUCAGCACUGGAAUGCAAUAUGGAACAUGACAGCGUUCUCGACUCUAGGGAGGUGGAGGAUAACUUCAGUACUAUGAUUAUACAAUGUAUUUGAAGUUUAAUGUCCAUUUAAGGUUAAAGAGCUGCAAUGAUGGAAAUACAUUAAAUAAUUACUAUUUCAGUGUCCGUGUAAACAUAAUGUUGUUCUUGUGUGAUUCUUGAAACCCUUGUAUUGUAUUUAUAGAGUCUAUAAUUAAAAGCCUAUAUUUGGGAAUCUUAAUAUAAAUAACAAUACAAUUUAAUGUUCCCAUUUUUAAUUUAUAUAAUAUGUAUUUUAUCACUUCCGAUUUUAUGUUUUUAGUAGUUUUAAAGUAGUUUAGAAAUCUUCACUUUAACCUAUUAUGAUGGAAAGCUACUUUCUAAUUUUUUUUUAACCAUGUAAAUUUGUAAUUCAAACACAAUAUAUAUCUAGUCCGAAUUAAUUUAAUAAAGUGUGGAUUAAAGUUCUAACUCCCUGGAGGAUUGCUGUAGGGUUGGUAGACUAUUCCUAUGUCUCUCUAUAGGGUGUGUAGACAAGAUUAACUCUAUGCUCUAUGUGUAAGUUUCAGUGUACUACAUAAAGCUGUGUUGAAUAACUGCUACCCUCUAAGGGCUAGGAAUGGAGUAGUGCACUUACCCUUUAAGAACCUGCCCAGCAAGUUUACCAGUCUGCAUGAAACAGUCUACAGUUUGCCUAUGUUGGUUUUAUUGAAAUGUGAAAUGCUUUUAUAUAACAUCAUAUAGUAUUUGUAGUCUUGAAAAAGCAGAAUUGUGCCAAAAAAAUUGAAAAAGAGAGGCUGUUAUUUAAACAACUGUCUAAAGAUACAUUAAUAAAUGUAAUUUUGUUUUUAA